AUGUUCUCCCGUGCUGUUCGCCCAGCCCUCCGGGCUGGCGGUGCUGCUGUUACCCGCACUGCCCCGCCCAAUGCCGCCAACUUCGCGACUCUCCGUGAAAUUGAGGGCCGUCUCAAGUCCAUCAAGAACAUCGAGAAGAUCACCAACACCAUGAAGAUCGUUGCCUCCACCCGUCUUACUCGUGCCCAGAAGGCCAUGGAUGAGUCCCGCGCCUACGGUGAGACCUCCAACACUGUUUUCGAGAAGGCCGAGACCAAGCCUCUGGAGGACAAGAAGACUCUUUACGUCGUGGCUAGCUCCGACAAGGGUCUCUGUGGUGGUAUCCACUCCGGUCUGAGCAAGGCCACUCGUCGCCUUCUGGCUAAGAACCCCGAUGCCGAUAUCGUCAUCCUCGGUGAGAAGGCCAAGGCUCAGCUGUCGCGUUUCGCUCCCGAGAAGAUCCAGCUCAGCUUCGCCAACGUCUGCAAGGACAUCCCCACCUUCGCCGAUGCCCAGGCUAUUGCCGACCAGAUCGCCCUGCUGCCUACCGACUACAGCAGCAUCAAGAUUGUUUACAACAAGUUCCUUAACGCUCAGAGCUACGAGCCUUCCACCGUUGAGGCCUACUCCGAGGAGGCUAUCACCCAGUCCGCCAACAUCUCCGCUUUCGAGAUUGACGACGAGGCUCUGGCCAGCCUCCGCGAGUAUGCUCUUGCUAACAACCUCUUCUGGGCUAUGGCUGAGGGCCACGCCUGUGAGAUCUCUGCUCGUCGCAACGCCAUGGAGAACGCCUCCAAGAACGCUGGUGAGAUGAUCAACAAGUUCCAGAUUCUGUACAACCGACAGCGUCAAGCCGCCAUUACCGGUGAGCUGGUUGAGAUUAUUACCGGUGCCACCGCCUCCGCCGAUAUGUAA